AGAAAUUAUCAGCGAAAUCGAUUUUUUGGCUUUGUCCGCGAUUUUGAUGAUCAUAACUGGUUUUACCGACAAUGACUGUCAAAUUACUAAAUUUACAGUCCGACAAGAUGCAUUUAGGAUAAUUGUUUUCAUUGAGCUCGGGCUCUAACCUUCAACGUUCUGUGUUUCUCACUGACUCGUCUUGAUGGACAAUUUCAUGCACACCAAACAAUAACAGAAACACGCAAAUUUAACGACGGUUUUUAUCAUUCUUCGAACAAAGCUGAAAAACAAUCCAGCCAGCUGUUGCUAUAUCAUUUGACGCAGCAGUGACAUUUUAGGACACUCUCUGCUUCCAGUUUCAUUGACGCUAAGAUGCGAAAUGAAAAGCAAUUUGUGGCGCAAGCUGAUAGGCCACUCCAAUUUGCUGAGCUGCUCAUGAAACAGAAACCGUCACUAUUAGUGCAAAUAAGAGGCGGACAGCUGAAACCAAGAUCUGUCGUGCAAAUUUCUGAAUCAGUCAUUCUUUUCGCGCGAAAGACGGUAUCAGGCCGAAAAGUUAUCCCCCCUUCGCCAGAACAUACUAAUAGAGUGCUGUUACUAAGUGAACAAAUCAGCUAGAAUGAACUGAACGGCAAUGUCGGACAACGUGAAUACAACGAUGAAUGCAACGCAGUCAUCGAGCUGCCCCAGCAAUUCUACAGUAGAAAAAAUUGGCACGAUCUUUGCUUACUGUCUGAUUUUUCUUGUUUCGCUGGCUGGGAACACCGUCAUCGGAAUAAUUGUCUUCAAGACGCAGACUAUGAGAAAACCCAUCAACUUUUUCAUUGUAAACAUGGCCAUGUCCGAUAUCAUGUUACCGAUAUUCAAGAUUCCUCAGCUUAUACAAAUACUGUAUAUAGACUCCUGGAUGAUCGAUGGUCCUCUUGGCGAGGCCUUAUGUAAACUGGUUUACUUCUUGAUAGGUGUUUCCCUUCUUGUGUCUAUUCAAAGCCUGGUUCUGAUAGCAGUGGAUCGAUUUGGUGCUGUGGUAUUUCCUCUCCGUUCCCCACUCAUCUCUUCAAAGUUGUGCCCGUUCUUCAUUAUCGCCUCUUGGAUCGUCGCGUUAGCUGUUAACUCCCCAAAGCUCUUAAUAUUCAAACUUGUUAAAUAUCCAGAAAAACUAGUUUGUAAGCGGCGUUGGAAUGAAGUCUUUGGAGAGUCCUCAUCUCAGAAAAAUUACCUCUUGUCUUUUACAGUUGUAUUUAUGUUUAUCCCGUUGGUGUUGAUUGCCAUACUUUACAUUAUCAUCUAUCUAAAGCUCAAGUCACAGAAGAUUCCAGGCGAGCAAUCAGCCAACGCUGGACAACAACGCCAGCGAAGGGAGCGAAAUGUGUUAAAGAUGGCCAUUGCUAUAGUGUUAGGGUUUGCAAUGUGCUGGCUUCCCCUCGCUAUCUGGCUUAUUCUCCUCAUGUUUACGGACARCAUCAUAUGGUCGAAUUGUGCCUUCCGAUAUCUUUUUUAUMUUGUCAAUUUCAUGGCUCUGGUAAARUGUGCRYUAAAUCCUUGUAUCUGUUUUAUUUUCAGCAGAAAUUAUCGUAAAAAACUUAAGGCUCUCGUUAGAUAAAUUGUUUUGACUUCCGCCGUAGCUGAAGAUACUUAUGUACAGUGGAGAGGUUCAGUCAACCUAAAACUCGUAAAAACCUUAAUUCAAAACUGCCUUUUUUAUUCAAUAUAAACUAUUGGCUUAAAGAAACUUUGCAGAUUAAGAAAUGGUAGGCGUGCACCUUGCAACUAUCGAGUUAGGAAUGCACGCGGGAGGUUGCUAAGCACGAAAGAAGCGUAAGAGUUGCAAGAGGCGAUAACCGAGUGCGACUCUACCCUCUUGAGUGCUUAGCAAACCUCCCAUGUGCAUCCAUAACUCGAUAGUUGCACACUGCAUGUUUACCAUUUCUUUUAUAACAUUGAGACUUUUGAGAUUUAUUUUGAGAUUUCCCUUGAAUCUCGUCCGGCUUACAUGAAGUCAAAAGCUCGUUUUACGAUAACUGCAGAAUUUCUCGCGAGCUUAUUGGCGAAGUUUUAUUGUUAAUAAGUGGACAGACACAUGAAUUUAUGAUUUAUGUGAUGUGUCUACGAGUGAGAGGGAAUUGUCAUCGUAAAAAACAAAUUGAAGUCAGUUUUUAAUGCGUCUGUCCUGUUAUUGACAAUGA